AGCCCGUCGUUGCGAGGACGACCCGAGGUGUAGCUCACGCUGGUCGGCGAGAGAACGGCGGCAUCAUAAAGACUAAACCCUUACUUUCGGUGCAUGCUGAGUGACAAGGAGCCUUCUAAACAAGCCCAAGAGUGAAAUGACGCCAGAGGAGCUGCAGAAGCGAGAGGAGGAAGAGUUCAACACGGGCCCCCUUUCUGUCCUCACACAGUCCGUGAAAAACAACACUCAAGUGCUGAUUAACUGCCGCAACAACAAGAAGCUUCUGGGGCGUGUCAAGGCCUUUGACAGGCAUUGCAACAUGGUGUUGGAGAAUGUCAAGGAGAUGUGGACGGAGGUGCCUAAGAGCGGGAAGGGCAAGAAGAAAUCAAAGCCAGUCAACAAGGAUCGCUACAUCUCUAAGAUGUUCCUGCGUGGAGACUCGGUCAUUGUGGUGCUCAGGAACCCCCUUAUCGCUGGCAAGUGAUUAGCCGUCAGAUGGUUGUGAAUGGCCCAGAGUCGUGCCAGCACGGGAACAUGACCCAGGGCCACGAUCAAGAGACUCAUGUAGCCCUAGCCACUUAAGUGAUUAGUUAUUUGAAUGGUUCUUGUUUCUCAAUAUUCAGGGGCCAGAUAAAAGAAGCUUAUAAUCUGCUACUCGUCUGGUAAGGAGAAUUACCAGCUGGCAGAUAAUUCUACUUCUCCAAAUCCUUGCUGUGUUGUUUUUUGGGGGGGGCAAU